UAGAGGUCUCCACCGAGCUGCGGAUUGAGGAUCUGUCUGGCUGCGCCGGGCCCUCUUCCUUCCUUUGUGCAUCCCCCCGCACCGUGCAAGCCGUGCCCCCCCGCCCCGGCCGCCACGUCCCCGCUGCAUCCCCCCUCCCGAGCCUCCCCCGGCCCUGGCGGCAGGAGGAAGCCUCCCCCCCGGGCAGGCAGAGCCCGGGCAGCGGCGAGGCGCUGGGUGCCACGUCGUGCCACCCCCCCUUCCCGGCCCGGCCGGGGCAUCGAGGCCGCAUCCCCGCCCACAUCCCCGCCCGCAUCCCCGCAUCCAUCCCCGCUCCGCAUUUUCGGCGGCGGCGGGGUCCCCUGUGGCGGAUGCUGCGCGUCUCCCCGGGCCGCUGGUGCUAAAUGCUGAGCGCCGACAGGAUGGAGGAGUUUCAGAGCGAGGAAGAGGAGCCCUGGUACGACCAGCAGGACCUGGAGCAGGACUUGCAUUUGGCCGCAGAGCUGGGGAAGACGCUGCUGGAGCGCAACAAAGAGCUGGAGGACUCCCUGCAGCAGAUGUACGCCACCAACGAGGAGCAAGUGCAGGAAAUCGAGUACCUGACCAAGCAACUAGAGAUGUUGCGGCAGAUGAACGAGCAGCACGCAAAAGUCUACGAGCAGCUGGACCUGACAGCACGGGACCUGGAGCUAGCUAACCAGAAGCUUGUGCUUGAAAGCAAAACAUCUCAACAGAAGAUCCAAUGCUUGACGGAAACGAUCGAGGGGCUGCAGAACCAAGUGGAAGAGCUGCAGAAGCAGGUGGAGGAAAUGCGGAGCUUGGAGCAGCUCCGCAUUCGGCGGGAGAAGAGGGAACGGCGCCGAACCAUCCACACCUUCCCCUGCCUUAAGGAGCUCUGCUCCAGCCCCAGGUAUGAGGAUGCAUUCCAGGUCCACAGCUCUUCCACAGAGUUCAACCAGAAGCCACUGGAGAGGGAAAAUGAGCGCCUCCAAGCCAUGGUGAACUCCCUGAGGUCCCAAGUCAACCAGGAGAAGCAGCGGAAGGAGAGGGUUGAGCGGGAGUAUACCUCUGUUAUUCAGGAGUACUCAGACCUCGAGCAGCGGGUGUGUGAGAUGGAGAACUGCAAACUGCGCAUCAAGGAACUGGAAGCAGAGCUCCUAGAGCUACAACAGAUGAAACAGGUCAAGAAGUAUUUGCUCAGCAGGGAAGACAACCUGUCUGAGGCCCUCCUUGAGCCACUGAAUAACGCCCCAGAAGCAGACUACAUUGACCUCUCCGAGGAGGAGGGAGGAAAAAGUCACGGGCCAUCCAUGACACCUUCCCCAAACCACCCUGUCCGGAAAAGUUGCAGUGACACAGCCCUCAAUGCCAUCGUGACCAAGGAUGCUGUGAGCCGGCACGAGGGCAAUUACACGCUGCACGCUAACAACGUGCGCAAACGGGGCAUGUCCAUCCUGAGGGAGGUGGACGAGCAGUAUCAUGCCUUGCUGGAGAAGUACGAAGAACUCCUGAGCAAAUGCCGGCAGCACAAGGACAGUGUGCGCCACACAGGGGUCCAAACGUCCCGGCCCAUCUCUCGCGACAGCUCCUUCAGAGACUUCCGAGGUGAGGGACACGAGUUGGAAGAGCGGAAAACCAUGGAGAAGACCAUCAGCAAACACGUGGAGGCCGUGGACAAGCGGCUGGAGCAGAGCCAGCCCGAGUACAAGGCUCUUUUUAAAGAGAUCUUCUCCCGCAUCCAGAAAACAAAAGCAGACAUCAAUGCCACAAAGGUGAAAAACAAGAGCAGCAAAUGAGCCCUGCCUCUCCGCAACUCCCGCGUGCAAUUCCGAAAGCCCAGUCUUCUCUUCAGCCCCAAAAACGCCACGUGGCCCCUCUGCUUUGAAGGUUUGAGAGGUCUACGAGCAAGAAAACGUCACAGAGACUCAAUUCACUUUUUUAAGCUUGGGCUCUGGACAACUCGUUGGGACAAUUGUACAUUGUAGUUAGAGGAUUUCAGAAACUGUAUGACGGAUCUCUGCAUGAGUUACUGCCGCUGCCAGACAUCACAACAGCAACGUAAACCACACCACAAAGAAAAAAAAAAAGAAAAGCGAUCACCUCCUCCACCCUUUUCAGCUUGUGUUACAGCCCAGUUAUCUGCAAGCAAAAGCCUGGAUGUCCUCCAGCAUCCUGCCACAGCUGGAGCGCAGUGUUUCAGAGUAGAACAAAAAGCCAUCGGAACUUCAGGGGCUGCUCCAGCACACCAGUCCAGCCCUCCACCUCGGUUUUAUGGCUAAGAACCUACGCUUGUACCCAAAAGACUUCUGUCUACGCCUUCCCCUUCCCCAAAGGGCAGUACGUUCUUGCUAUUUAAGCCAUUCUCUUAUGAGUCAGGUUUUUCAGCUAUUUACAAUGCAAGCUCAUUGCAACUGGAAAAACUUGAAGAGAAACAUAAAACUGAUUGUUCUGUCUUCAUCAGCAUCGCUUAGUAUUCCAGUCCAUGCUCUCCAGACUUCGUAGGCAUCUGGGAUUUCCUCACUUCAAAGCUGCCCCAGUAUUUCAGCCCAGGUGAAGCAUUGUGCCUGGUAGGAAUUUAAUGACCAAGGCUUUCCCAUAAGCUAGGGAAGAAGUGCUUUUACAGUGACAGAGACAUGCUUUCAUCUCACAGUCUGGGUACCAGCCCGCCGGGCUGUGCUCUUCCAGAGGUUGACAUUGCCCCAUUGUAGCAAACUCCUCAAAUGCAGCUUGCAUGGGCUUGCAAAACUGACUCCCAGUGACUCGCAUGCAAGCGGGAUAAAGCAUCUUACGGCGCCAGGAGCUUUGGUGCCAGCAGUAGCACUGAUCACACAUUGCCCCACACUUUUGCUCUGAACAUCUCCCCAGUCGAGAGGACAGAUUUCAGAUUUCUGCUGAAAAUAAGCUUUCUUGGCUGAGACACUGUCUCCAAAGGUUGUCACCUCUCACGUUCCAGUUCACUUGCCAGCACUGCAAUCUCCUCACUUUUGCUUCCACAGACAUGCGAACACACAGCCAAAAGGCCACUGCAGUCUCAGGAAUCACCAGUUUCCAUUUUUUGCAGACUAGAUGUUGACCUUGAAUGGUCAGACACUUGUUUUAGGCAGAGAAGCAGCAUUUCAUUACAGCUUAGGCAACACCCUGAGCAUUGAGCCACAAAAAUCAAGCAGUUCAGUGUAAGCUACCUAUCCUGUACCUGCCUGGAGAAACUUUAGGCCAGAUUUGGAUUCUAUUUUCACCAGCUUACAUCCCAAAAUCUUGGGUAAACGGUUGGGAUUUUUGCAACAUCGAGAAAAUAAAUGAGAAGGUGGCGUUGGAGGGGGAAGACUGUUUAAAAGGUAAUUAUGCUCUGAGUCUUGGUCCUCGAUGUUACGAGGAGCCACCUUUCUUUCACUCUACAUGGGAUUAAUCCAAAAAAUACCCCCCAAAAUACCUUCUUUUGUUAAGCUGAGUACCACGGCGGUAAGUUGGCAGGAGUGCGAUGCCCAAACCCCACCUGCUCCAGAGGUCUCCUCCUCAAGCCACCCACCACCAACCACUCCGCUCUUCCACGCGCUGCAUCUUCAGGUGCCCUAUGGCCCCAAACUCAAGAAAUAUUAGGAGCCAUACGCACGACUGUGGCUAUCAGCUCUGUAACAGUAUGGAGAACCUUCAUGCCUUAUUUAUUUAUAAUGGAAAGCAGUUGUCUAAUAAAAUUAAAUAAAAAUGAACAACAGCAGCAAAAAAAGCAGCCUUGUUGAUUUUCUCAGAGCAUUCGCCACCCUGUUAAUUCAACAUGUGUAGCAGGGGAUAGCUGAAGCGAUGUUGGUUUAAGUCAGCCAGUGUUUACCCUGGAGUCAUCUGGCUGCUGCAGAGGUGUGGGAAGAGGAUCGCCUUCACUUUCCAUUUUAAACAAUCCCAUGUGAAUCAGCAUCACAGUUAAGUGUACAGCAGAUUAAAUAUAUUUUCAAAUACUUUAUUCUUUUCUCAAAUAAAAAGAAACACCACUAUUCUCAAAGCCGAGACUUUCUUUACAGCUCUUUUAACUUUUCUGCUGUUCUUAAAAGUAAUUUCUUUGAUUUUCAUGUUCAAUUUGGGUCAAGAAAAUGCUUCAGGCUUCUCUGAAGAAAGCAGAGAGAAUAUGCUGAACUAUACUGCUGCAUUAUUUAUAUAACGUACAUUUUAUGCACUUGGACUACUAACAUUUGCCACAUGAUAAACCCCCUUCUUCUGUCCACUCCAAAGUCUCUGUAAAACCGUACAAUUUCCAAGCUUGCAAUUCAAAUGCUAUUUUCAUUUCGGUCUUUCUUGAAAACCACAUAUCCAAAAAUGACUGAUGUAAGUAACACAAUGUUAGUAUUUGGCUUAACAAAGGAACAGCUGCCGUAUAUCAGCAGUUUGUUCACCAAAGUGCUGACAGCAUUUUUUUCUGCAUCCAAAAAUAUUAGUGGCCAUAUAUAUAUGUCCUGAUGACUGUGCGAGUCAGAGUCACUUGAUUUUUUCUUAAGUGAGGCUUCCAGCAAUCAAAGGAGGAAAAAAUAAGUAUCUUCUGGCCUUUUAUCCCACCCUCGAUCUAAACUUUUCAAAUUUGCUUUGAAAACACGAAGGAAAACUACACAACUCCACUAUGAGGUAAGAAGAGAGUAUUAAGCAACCACACCACAGAAACUGGUCAAAUAGGUGGCAGCAGUUAUUUAAUAGCACACCCCCGUGAUUCAAGACAGGAAGAAAAAUACUGCAUGCAAUUAAAAUGGACGAGAAAAAGUACAAUGUAAUAGGAAAUAGUGAUUCAUUUCAGAAUUUGGCAAAACCAGUGACCCUGUUCAGCUCACAGCAUCAAGAUCAGUAAGGGCACAGCUUGUCCAGAAUUCAGUUUUAUGCUGGAUUUGAAAGAUGACAUUUAGACAAGUGCAAUUCCACCAGAUCCAGUCUGGUUUCUUACUUUACCACCAGUUUGAAUAACCCUUCAGGAAAGUGCCCAUUACAAAUAGGGAUGGACCACUUGAAGCACAGAUUCAAGGGGUUUACAGAACUCUCAUGGGGAAGACUUCCCGAUUCAGCAGUCUUCUCUCUCUUACAGGAGCUGAGACCUUCUGCAAGGUCCCCUCAAAGUCCCAGCUUGCUCCUACGUUCAUGGCUUGUGCCCUCAUUCCCACGAGGAGUGACCAGCUCCUUGGACACAUCAGCUUGUGCAUCAUGGUUCAGGGAUGGCUCUUUACAGCUCUUGCUCACCAGUGACCACCAUCACCCAAGGGGGUGAGCUUGCCAGCAUCACUCCCGAGGCUUUUCAUUUCUCCAGCUUAAAUGUCAAAAGCUUGGCUCUCUUGGGACACACCAAAGCAAGUCGUUGUCACGCCAAGCCCUGCUGCCAGGGAGAGCUGCUUCCAACCACCCCAGCAGAGACCAUUCUGCUUUUUACCAAGACUGUCUGGACACCUGCACCCAGCAGCGCAGUGUGGGAACGAAGCAAAACCAGAGAAAUGUCCUUUUAGAUGGGCCUGGCUUCAACCGCGUGACCUUCAAGGUUCAAUCCCAGCCCCUCUGUGCACCACAUGACAACACCGUCCUUGGUGUGGGUGACCAGCGCAGGAACAAUGCCGACAUAUUUGACAACAGUUGGUAAAAAUGAGUCAUCCUGCUUUGGAUAUUUUACCCAUCCCUCUGGCUACAAACCACAAACAUUUACCUGUUCCCUGUAAGAAAUUAAGGUCACCAGAUGGCACGGUUUGUCUUUGACAGUUCUGGGUUUUUUCCUUAAAGCAUUCUGCUUUCAGCCAAGUUUGGAUGGGGGAAGCAGAGCAGAAGAACCCCAGGACACAGAGAUCUGAUUAAAACAAAGCGUGGAGCCCCCCUUGGCCCCCCAGCUCUGCUCAGCCGCAGGCAGGGCAGACUGACCAUCGAUGUUCAGGACUUGCUCCGUUCCCGAGGACAGAGUUUCCUGAUUUUGUGCUGAUGGGACCCAGCUCAGAUACUCAAAUCACAUGCUGCCUUUCUACCAGCUUCAAAACACCCAUUUUGACUUCACCCACAGUUUUAAACAAAAGAUUGUCAGCUCCUGUCAAAACACCAGAGCAAAUGACAGCCCUGUCCCUGCCUGUGCGUUUUCCUGCUGCCAGAAAUAGCAAUCCUUGCCCCUCUCACAUGCACACCCUUCUUGUCAAGCCAACCUGAGAGCUCCAACAGGACCAAGAGCUGAAGGAUUUCCACAAGUGCUUCAGGCCCCUGCAUCCCCCAUCCACCUCUGCGUCUCUCUUACAGACAGACCUGGAAACACGUACGUGCUGCUGUAUCGGCUUUCAAAAAAAAAAUAAUUUUUUAUAUAUAUAUAUACACGUACCUACAACUUUUUAGCACACUUGCGCAGAUAAAAAUCUGAAAGCUGAAGCAUCCCAGGUGCAAAAACUAGGCAGUAUAUAAAAAAUGCUGGAUGUAUUUUCACUUUCACUGCUGGCUGUCAAUGCUUGCCAAGGUGUGGGGUGCAGGCGAGAGCACACUGCGCCCCACCACUACCUCUGCCCCACGGAGCUGGAAACCACCUGCCCAAACCCACCCCCAGUACCCACCCC